CUGUCUGUCUGUCGGCGUUUGAGUUAAAUAUGUUGGUGAAAACCGAAUAUCAUGUGUUUGAUGCUUGUUAACAUUUUCUACAAUUUUGAUGAUAUUAUAGUAAUGUUCCAGGGAUGCAUAUCAUGUAUUUAAACCAUGUUUACAAUAUGCGUUUCUGUAUUUUAUUGCAAUUACUGCAUCUACAGUGAGUGAUAGUGGAUAGUGAAGUUUCUGUAACUAAUUUUUUUUUUUUUUUAAAUCAGCUGUAAUAUAAUUUAAAUUUUCACUAAAACAUGAGUGGAAACAAGUUCAUCAAACAUAGCUCCAUUUGCUUAAAAAGCUUCAAUCAUAAGUAUUCAACAUUUAUUCGCAAGUCUCCUAAUAGUCAUCUUCUGAGAGGGUUGACUUUUACAUUUUAUGGUAAAAGAAAUGUAUCUAUUGUAGUUCGCAUGCUCAAGGGUGCCUUAAAAAUUCGAUACAUAAUAUUAGGAUCAGCCGUCGGCGGUGGUGUACAAUUGUCUAAGAAAUAUGAUGAAUGGAAAGAACAACUACCGGAUUUCAGCUGGAUAACAGAUAUGCUCCCCCCAUCUGAGAAAAUGGAUGAAUUUCGAGAAACUCUUCUAGACUUGAAAAAUCAAAUUUCAUUACCUGAAAAAGGAUGGGUGAAAAGACAUUUAUCUACCCUCUCUGAUCGAAUUGAAAACCUGGGGGAAUUAUUUGGCGAUGAUGCUUCAGAUGGAGAUCCCCUUACUGCAGUGGCUGAGGGUUUUGCUAUUUUAGGAGACUAUUCUUCACCUUUGCCAUUAGAUAUGGCACUUCACACAGCUAUGUCUGCCACCUCCACUCCUCUAAGUGGUAGUUCAUCUAGUUCAGAUAAAGAGGAAAAAACUAGAAUUGAUAAAUUACAAGAAGAACUAAUUAAUGUGCAAAUAAAAUACCAGAAAGAAGUGGAGCGAUUAGAGAAGGAAAACAAAGAAUUACGAAAGCAAAUUAUGCUGAAAUCUUUGAAAUCAGAGCCUGUUAGAAAAAUUAAGAAGUCACUUAUUGAUAUGUAUUCUGAAGUACUUGAUGAGCUAAGUGACUAUGACUCUAGUUACAACACUCAAGAUCACUUGCCAAGGGUAGUUGUAGUUGGAGAUCAAAGUUCUGGUAAAACUAGUGUUCUGGAAAUGAUUGCUCAAGCUCGCAUUUUUCCAAGAGGUGCUGGAGAAAUGAUGACAAGAGCUCCUGUUAAAGUUACAUUAAGUGAAGGUCCUUAUCAUGUUGCAUGUUUUAAAGACAGCUCAAGAGAGUUUGAUUUAACCAAAGAAAGUGAACUUGCUGAUUUGCGAAGAGAAGUUGAAAUUCGUAUGAAGAAAAGUGUUGAAGGUGGCAGAACUGUUAGUAAUGAGGUUAUAUCAAUGACAGUUAAAGGACCUGGGUUACAACGGAUGGUGCUUGUAGAUCUACCUGGCGUCAUAAGUACAGUUACCACUGACAUGAUGGAUGGAACAAGGGAAGCAAUUCGAGAAAUGACUCAACUAUACAUGAGCAAUCCAAAUUCUAUUAUUUUGUGCAUACAAGAUGGAUCUGUUGAUGCUGAACGCAGUAUUGUGACAGAUUUGGUCAGUCAAAUGGAUCCUCUUGGGAGAAGAACAAUUUUUGUUCUAACAAAAGUUGACCUUGCGGAGCAAAAUCUGGCUGAUCCGACAAGGAUAAAGAAGAUUUUAGAUGGUAAAUUAUUUCCAAUGAAAGCUUUAGGGUAUUUUGCUGUUGUCACUGGACGAGGUGGUAAAGACGACAACAUAAAUGUCAUUAAAAAUUAUGAAGAAGAGUUUUUCAAGAAUUCUAAACUUUGCAGAAGUGGCAUUCUUAAUGCAUCUCAGUGUUCAACAAGGAAUCUCAGUUUUGCUGUGUCUGAUUGCUUUUGGAAGAUGGUUAGAGCUUCUGCAGAACAGCAAGCUGAUGCUUUUAAAGCUGCUCGUUUCAACUUAGAGGCAGAGUGGAAAAAUAAUUUUCCACGUCUUCGAGAACUUGAUAGGGAUGAACUUUUUGAAAAAGCUCGAGGGGAACUUUUAGAUGAAAUUAUUAAUCUUAGUCAGCUUUCUCCAAAGCAUUGGGAAGAAACCUUGUCUAAAGAACUGUGGAAAAAAAUGUCUGUUUAUGUCUUUGAAAACAUAUAUGUCCAGGCAUGGCAAGCUGGCAGUCCAGAAUCCUUUAAUACUGCUGUGGAUAUUAAACUGAAACAUUGGGCGGAUGAAAUGCUACCCAAAAAAUGUGUUGAUGUUGGAUGGGAGACAUUACAAGAAGAAUUUGGAACCAUAUUAGAAAAAUCAAAAACAUCUAAAGAUCAUGAUGAUCUUUUUGAUAACUUAAAGGCUGCUGUUGUUGAAGAUGCAAUAAGACAACAUUCAUGGGAGGGGAAAGCUGUUGAUAUGUUGCGUAUCAUUCAACUAAAUGCACUUGAAGACAGAGCAGUUCCUGAUAAACAGCAAUGGGAUAGUGCUGUAAAAUUCUUGGAAUCUAGUUUAAAGGAUAGAUUAAUGCAAACCAAAGCUUAUAUAUCUGAGAUGGAAGGACCUUCAUUUUCAGAGCGCUGGUGGCAUUGGGUUAGUAAAACGCCAGAACAACAACUUUGGUCUAGUGUUAAACAUGAAAUAGAAAAGUUAUUUUCCCAGGCGCAUUAUAAUACCCAAAGUCAUUCCUUAACUGCAGAUGAACUUACAACAAUUAAACGGAAUCUUCAAGCAUCAGAUAUAGAAGCUGAUUAUGAUUUAAUCAAACAAGUAUGGCAUCCUCUACAACGAAAACAUUUACUAGAACAAUCAUUACAAAAAGCCACCGAUUGCAAAAAAGCAUUUUAUUUAUAUCACCAAAGUUUAGAUGCAGAAAUUGAUUGCAGUGAUGUUGUCUUAUUCUGGAGAAUACAGAGAAUGCUGCAGACUACUUCUAAUGCUUUAAGGCAGCAAAUAAUGAAUGCAGAAGCUCGAAGGCUUGAAAAAGAAAUUAAGCAAGUUUUAGAAGAUUAUAGUCAAGAUUCUGACAAAAAGAAGAAAUUACUUACUGGAAGAAGAGUUGUGCUAGCUGAAGAAUUAAAGAGAGUGCGUCAGAUACAAGAAAAAUUAGAAGAAUUUGUUGCAGCUUUACAUACUGAAAGUUGAGAUAUCUUGUCCUUAGUAUAAUAUUCAAAUUCUUUAUGCUAGCUGAUCAUAUUUGGCUAGAACUGUAGUGUUAAGCAGAUGUUUAUCAAUGCAACCAAAAGUGAUAAAUGUAAAUGUGUUAUAGGCAAACACUUUAUUCCAGAAUUAUUUAUUUUGUACAAAUCUGUAAGAAAUUCAAAAAGGGUGUAAUUAUAUUUAAAAUUUUUUAAAUUAUGAUAACUUUAAAAAUGCAUUACAAAUGGCUUUUCUAUGCAAUUAGAAAUCUAAAUGUAUAAAAAAUUUCAAAAUGGGGGGAAAAAAAUAAGGUAAUUAUUUUUCAAAGAUAUUGGUAUUUUAAAGUUGUUUUGAUGUUGCAAAAUUUUGUGAUUUGUGCUGUAUGAAGACAGUUUUAAAUUUUUUAGAUCUAUGUAUACAUAUAUCUGUAAAAUUAUAAUUAUUACAUAAUAUAUUUUAUUUGAAGAUUAAUUAAAAAGCAUUUGCAAUAACUGCUUCACCUAAAUACUUAAAUUCAUAAAAAUAUAACUUUAUAUGUUACUAAUGCUUAUCAAGGAUUUAAACUUUGUAUAAUUCAAGAUUUGAUUGAUGUAUAUAAAAGUAUUUGAAACUGUUUUAGCACAAUGCUGUUUUCUCUAUUCUUUUGUAUUUCAAAUGUAAUUUAUUAUAAGAAUAAAAAAAAUUAAGAAAAGCAUAUGGUUUAUUUACAUAUUUUUACAAAAAUCCUUGAAAGUUGAAUAUUAUCUUGCUUUUAGUCGACUUACAGAACUAGAUCGGCGAACUUGCACUGUGUAACUGUGGUAGUUUCCAAUGGUUUGUGCCAAAAUAGAUGCAAAAUACACAAAAUUGAGUAGACUCUGAAAAUGCAAAUUAAUUUAUUUGUCAACUAAUUUUUUGUUUUUUGGUAACAAACAUGAAUUCAUUUAGUGUAUUUUGUGUAAAUAAAAUAAUUUUUAAAAAUG